AUGAAGGAGGUAACUGCAGAGGCUUCUUCCUGGAAUAAGUGGAUAAGUGAAACAAAUAAUUCCAUCGUGACUGAGUUCAUUUUACUGGGACUCUCCAAUUCUCAGGAACUCCAGAUUUUCCUCUUUGUGUUCUUUUUUGUACUCUACAUAGGAAUUGUGUUUGGAAACCUCCUUAUUGUUAUAACUGUGACUUCUGACUCCCAUCUUCACUCCCCCAUGUACUUUCUGCUUGCCAAUCUCUCACUCAUUGAUCUCUGUCUAUCUUCAGUCACAGCCCCCAAAAUGAUUGCUGACUUUUUUCGUAAGCACAAAGUCAUCUCUUUCAAAAGCUGCCUUGCUCAGAUAUUUCUCCUUCACUUUUUUGGUGGGGCUGAGAUGGUGAUACUCGCAGCCAUGGGCUUUGACAGAUACAUAGCAAUCUGUAAACCCCUUCACUACAGCACAAUUAUGCGGAGCAAUGUAUGUGUUGCUAUUGUGGCUGCUUCAUGUGGAAUUGGUGUCUUCCAUUCAGUGUGCCAGUUGGCCUUUGCAGUGAACUUACCCUUCUGUGGCCCGAAUGAGGUGGACAGCUUCUAUUGUGACCUACCUCGGGUCAUCAAACUUGCCUGCACAGACACCUAUAUGUUGGAUAUCAUGGUCAUUGCUAACAGUGGUGUGCUCACGGUGUGUUCUUUUGUGCUCCUAAUCAUUUCCUACACUAUCGUCUUAGUGACCAUCCAGCAUCACCAUUCAGACACGUCAUCCAAGGCUCUGUCCACUUUGUCUGCUCACAUAACAGUAGUUGUUUUGUUCUUUGGACCAUGUAUUGUCAUUUAUGCCUGGCCAUUCCCUAUCAAGUCAUUAGAUAAAUUCCUUGCUGUAUUUUAUUCUGUGGUCACUCCUCUCUUGAACCCAGUUAUAUACACAUUAAGGAACAAAGAUAUGAAGGCUGCAAUGAGACGGCUGAUAAAAUGGAGUAAGAAUCCCAGAGUAAAGUAUUAG